AUUCGUGUUAUAGACCUCACAGAUGGUAAUGGGUUUAGAUGUUUACAUCAGUUUGAUGUUGGUAAAGUCAUUGCUAAGGAGAAGGACCCUAAAUUUAUGGAACAAAAUGAAACCAAGAAAGGGCCUGUCACCAUAAGUAGUAGACCAACAUGGAAGCAGGGAGACCGGAACAAUUCAGUGAGUGAUGUACCUGACAACAUUGAUGACAGUGUAGAAGCUGGAUCAUCUGUACUCUGUUUAUAUUAUACAUAUGUACAUGAAGAGACCCUGGCUAGACAGGCAUCUACCGUAUCUAGAGAUCUACCAUUCCUCUCAAACAAAACUGAUGUUGUAGGUGAUUUAUUGAAAACCUCUCCUAUGUUGAUGGUGGGUACAACAGCAGGCAUGCUAGAGUUUAAUGCUAGAACACUAGAUAUGGCUGGCUAUGUUGACUUUCAAGAUCCAGUAAGCUGUAAAGAUAACUUGAAUGCUGAUACAAAGACAUUGAAUGCUGCUGGUACAAUUAUAUUUGGUCAAAGUUCUGAUAACAAGAUUUGGUGCAUAGUAGGAAGUCCUUUCCAAAAUGUUGUUCAUAUAUUAAAAUGGGGAAAGUCAGAAAGUAAAUCUAGGAAUCAGACACCAGUAUCACGAAGUUCUGGGAACCAGACACCAGGGUCACAGAGUUCAAGUGAUCUAACAGAUAUAGAGGACAGAUUUUCAGCUAUGGAUCCCUCUUCUAGAGCUGAAAGUACACAGAAACAAAUAGAAAUAACAGUAUUAUCUAAGUCAGCCUUACUGGAUGAUUCACCAUUGAGAGCUGACAUGACACCAAAGACUAAAGAUACUAAAGAUAAAACCCCUAGAGAUUUUGUAACUCCUCCAAAGAAAGGUGCUAUAUUAGAUAAACAGCCAGUCACAUUCAAGACAAAAAUAAAAUCAUCUGGUUAUACUGCUGCUCCAAGAAUGACCAUGUUUACACCAUCAACAAACAUUUCUGCAAAACCUAAAAUACUGGCAAAGUCAAGUGCUAGGCAGACUCAGUCAGCUCGAGAGUACCCAGUACGUGGUAACCCUCCAGUAAAUCUUUUGACAAAAUUUGAUGUCGCUGAGAGACCAACAGCUGUCAACACAAUAACUGUUUCUGUUAUUUAUAAUUGUACAGAUGGAGGUCAGAACCUAGCAUGUGCUCUUGCCAAUAAGUCAGCCCUUGUGUUCAGUGUUCCAUUGUCAAAUAAAGGUUCUACAGCCUAUACAGGACAUAACCACAUAGUGACCUGUGUAGACUGGAGUCAUACUGGUUCCCGGCUUCUCACAUGUUCUGAUGAUAAGACAGCAUGUGUAUGGGUCAAAGGUCAAUCAGAUCCUGUAAUGACCUUUGACAGAAUGGUUAAAAACACAGCUAAUACGGAGAGUAAAAUUAACAAAAAGGAUAACAAAGCCUAUACUAAAGAAGUGCACUUUGGACAGUUUUAUUUCAUGGAUAAAUUUAUUUUACUGUGUGUUGGAAACCAACUUCUCAUGUAUAAAUAUUAUAUAGAUACCAACAAAAAUGAUAUACAAAGGUAUUUAGCUCAGGGUAAAUAUAAGCUGGUACAAGAAUGGGGUGUAGAGUCACAACAAGUGACAGCCAUGUCAGCCAUUAACAGUUUCCUGUCUUAUAUUGUAUUAUGUGCAUGCAGUAACAAGAGUAUAGAAGUAUUUGAUCUGAACACUGGACAGAUGGUGAGAAAAAUGACAGAUGUUCAUUCAAGACCUGUACAUGCAUUAUGUCAAAAUGAGGGAUCACAAUUUGUAUCUCAUCCAUCAAGUGCCUAUGAUUUGUUUGCCUCGGCUGCAGCAGGUGAUUGUAUCAAACUGUGGGAUCUUAGAACUAACAGAUGUGUAAGGAGAUAUGAAGGUCAUUUAAACAGAGUUCACCCAUGUGGUUUAUCAUUUAGUCCUUGUGGAAGAUUUAUUGCUACAGGAUCAGAAGAUAAAUGUAGUUAUAUAUUUGACAUGAGAUCAGGGACAUUUUUACAUAAAUUACAAGGUCACAAUGAUGUUGUGUCUGAUGUAGCAUUUCACCCUUCAACUCCGCAGCUUUUCACAUGUAGUCUAGACGGAAAGUUAAACCAAUACACCAACAGAUGAUAACAAAUUCAAGUUUUAGUCUUGGUACAUUUGUGCUGUCUUAAAAAUCUAGUCCUUGCAAAAUUGCCAAAUACGAUUAAAGUGGUCAAGGUGAACAAGUCAUGUUAAUGUACUUGAGCAAGAUAUACAGGAUAGGAAAAUGUUGUUGUAUAUCGUUGAGCUUCCAGAUAUAAUUGACUGUAAUCCGCCUGAAAGGAAGAUGGAUUGUGGGAUUGACAACACUCAUGAUUUAAACAUGAGAAGAAAUCAACGCUGAUUUACAUAGCAGAGAAUGAAUAUAUGAAUAAAUUGUGAGAAUGCAAAUUUUCAAUACAUUAACUAUGUAAAAUUGAUAUGUAAUAUCAGUAAACAAAUGAUUAACUCUUGGUGUCUAUCGCUUUCAGAAAGAAUCUCAUGGUAUCAAAGAUAAUAUUGUGGGGAUUAAAAUGUUCAUCUUUUAUUACAUUCACUUAAAACUACCUCUACAUGAUGUGUUUCAAAAAUAUGCUUUGUGUUCUUCACUUAAAUUUCUCAUUAAUUAUCUCUUGAUGCUGACUUAAUUCAAUAUAAUUGUUUGUCAUUUUAAGUUAAUAGUCAAACUAUUUU